GCUUCCUCGCUAUCGCUCGCUUCCAAAAUGAAGAAAUCCGAGUUCUCAUUUCCUGAUUUCCAGAUGGAAGAGGGGUUCAUUUUCGAUGAGCAAACGAUUCAUCGGAUGGAGCUCUUGGUCCUCGGAGCUCUCGAUUGGCGGGUGCGAUCCAUUACGCCGUUCUCUUUCCUUCGAUUCUUUCUAUCCUUGUUUUCCCCAGCGCAUCCCCCGCUGAUCCACGCCCUCAAAGACAGAGCUUUGCGCAUUCUCCUCAAAGCCCAGAUUGAGAUUAAGAUGCUGGAGUUCAAGCCAUCACUGAUUGCCGCCUCAGCGCUUAUCUCCGCAGCCGGCGAGCUCUUUCCUAUCCAAUCACCGGCCUUCAGCACCGCCAUCUUCUCCUCUGAUUUCGAGAAACUCAAAGACUGCUGCCUCGUGAUGAGGGAGAUGCUGGCGAUGAUGACGAUGGACGGCUGUGAUCGGGCUCUCAAGAUGGUAUCCAGCUGCAGUACCCCUGCCACCGUGCUUGGCGGGGCCUGCCCAAGCUCCGACAGCGAAAGGACCGUCGGAUCCUCAAUGAACGGCCGGGAUGUGUAUAAGGAUCCAAUUGAGGAAACCCCACCACCUUCCAGCUUUUUCUGCCCUUAGAUUAAUCAAGAGUAUCUAUAUUUUAUAGAAAUUUUAAAUAUAUAUUUA